AGGCAGAGAUGAGCACUGAGUACCUCCUCCUCAGUGUGAUCCACUCCCUCCUCAGCGGAGAGUGCAGUCCAGACAUCCGUAUGCUGGGCUGCUCCGUGCUAGCUCCGCGCUGCCAGAGAGACAAGGUGCUCAAGCCCUGCCGCAGUACCUGCGAGGCGGUGUUUAUGAGCUGCGGUCAUGCUUUCGAGGGCAUCGACAUGGCAUGGCCCUACUUCCUGGACUGUGACCGCUUCUUUGUCAGCCAAGAGGAGGGCUGUUAUGACCCCCUGGAUGGACUGAGAGACCAGCAGGAAGAAGCUUUACCCAGCUUCCCUGUGGAGCCGUCCACCCUCAUCCAGUUUACAUACCAGUCCAACGCUCAGAUGACCAGCAUCCUGACCAAAACUGCCGCACGCUGCUCCGACAUCGCCACCACCUACAGCAUAGGCCGCAGUGUGGAGGGCAAGGACCUGCUGGUAAUUGAGUUCUCCAACAACCCUGGCCGUCACGAACUGUUGGAGCCAGAGGUGAAGUACAUCGGCAACAUGCACGGGAACGAGGUGUUGGGUCGUCAGCUGCUGCUUUACCUGGUCCAGUACCUGUGUUCCGAGUACCAGCGGGGGAACCAGCGUGUCCAGACCCUCAUCAACACCACGCGCAUCCACAUCUUACCCUCCAUGAACCCUGACGGCUACGAACUGGCGUUCCCUGGCGUACAGGACAGCAUUGACCCUGAACACGAAACUGGUGGCAGAUAUGUGGGUCGGACUAGCGGUCGCACUAAUGCCCAGAACAUCGACUUGAACAGGAACUUCCCCGACCUGACCUCCAUUGCCUACAAAAGACGUAGACAAAAGGGCUACCGCACCGAUCACAUCCCAAUCCCAGACUCUUACUGGUUUGGUAAGGUAGCACCAGAGACCUACGCCAUGAUGAAGUGGAUACGCUCCAUCCCGUUUGUGCUUUCGGCUAACUUCCAUGGGGGGGAUCUGGUGAUCGCCUACCCCUUUGACUUCUCCAAGCACCCCCUGGAGCGCGACAUGUUCUCCCCUACGCCGGAUGAAAAGGUAUUCAAGCUGUUGGCACGAACCUAUGCAGAUGCGCACGCCACGAUGAGUGGAAUUGACACAGACAGGUGCGGGGGCUCUCUUCGAUCUUCGGAGGGAAUUAUCAAUGGUGCACAGUGGCACAGCUCUGCGGGCGGUAUGCAGGACUUCAACUACCUGCACACCAACUGUUUUGAGAUUACCGUGGAGCUGGGCUGUGACACGUUCCCCCCGGAGGAGGAGCUCUACACCGCCUGGCAGGAGAACAAGGAAGCUCUGCUCACAUACAUGGAUUCGGUCCACAGAGGAAUAAAGGGCAUCGUACAGGAUGAAGACGGGAACGGAAUCAAAGAAGCCAGGAUAUCUGUCAGGGGAAUAAGACAUGACAUCACCACAGCUGAAAACGGAGACUACUGGCGCCUGCUCAGCCCGGGCAUCCAUGUUGUGAGCGCCUCCGCUCCAGGCUACGCCAAAGUCUUGAAGAAGGUUCAUCUCCCUGCCCGAAUGAGGCAGCCGGGCCGGGUGGACUUUGUGCUCCAGAGAGCUGUCCAGGAGCCAGACCAGGACCAGCACUACACCCUCCCCUCCAUGGGGACCUACGAGCGAUUCGACCCCUAUAAGAAAUUUGAACGCUACGCCCUGACUGACGCGGGUCAGAAUGUAGAGGAGAGGCAGCAGAAGCCCUGGUGGUGGAGCUACUUCACCAGCACCGGAGGCACCACGCCGACCUGGCUGCUCAGAAACUACUAGAGCCCCCUCUAGAGGAUCCAAGGGCCGUGACAUUUUAUAUGAAUUAAAGGGUGUAUAUGGUUGUCACGCUUUCCUGAAAAUGAAAGAACCCAGUAAGCCUGUCAUAACAUAACAGCAACAGUAGUAACACAUUUGCGUUGGCGGUAUUACAUAAGAUUAUGAAGUCAGUUAUGCCAGGAAUACAUGUCUCGAAUCAUGUUCAUGAUUGCUCUAAUACUAACUUCUGAAACAUACCAUUUCAGGUGAUGAUGCUGACUCAUAACAUCAUUUUAGGGACGGCACUUAUGUGCAAAUGCUGCGAAGUCCAAAGAAUUCCAUUGAAAUCACCAUUGAAUUCAGAUACCUGUAUUUGAAGAUAAAAAUGGAGGCAGAGCAUUUUACCAGAAAGUGAAGGUUCAAAUGAUGUUAUGAGUAAUUAAUAACUCUGAAAUUAAGACCUUCACAAGCUUUGUAUCCACAGUUGAUCAAUUUCAAUUUGGUGAUCAAUUUCAUGAAACUGUGCCCAUUAUAAACCCAUACUUGGCGUAAAUAAUAAUUGUUUUAUAACCAAAGAUGAAUAAAGAACUUGAGUAUUAUAUUAUUAGGA